CUAUGAAAUAAUACUAGUAAAGGUAAUUUUUAUUCUUCGAACACAAAUAUUUAUUUACAUGUAUCCAACGUAAAUAUAGGAUCAUCUGAACAAAUCGUAUGUGCUUGAAAUUAGUUAAACUCUAAAUAUGUCAUUACUUCAAAAGCUAGCGUAUAACGACUAUAAAAAGGCAAAAGAUUUUACAGUACAUCAAUGUGAAACAAUCGCUAACUUAGCGAAACUCAAUACAACGUUUACAAAUGUAGAGUGCCCAGGAGAGCAUUUACUGAGAAAAUUAGAUCUAAGUGGCUGUUCUGUGUCACAAUACAAAGUAUUGCUCAGUGCCUUGAGGAAAUAUCGACCACAUUCGAAGAUAGCUGUUUUAAUUGCAAAUAACUUAUAUACACAUCUAUCAAAACUCGCCACUCCCGCUGUAGACUGUGACUCUUUGUCCCUGCAUUUGAAAAGUUUGGGAUUUAUUGUUGUGACCGUAAAGAAUACACACGCAAGUCAUUUAAAGGAUAUUGUUGGAAGAAUAUCUCAUGUCAUACCGCCUGAUUCAUAUUGUUUUAUAUUUUAUGCUGGUCAUGGCUGCCAAAUAGGUAACACAAAGUGUAUGCUGGGCAUUGACUGUCCCACAGAAAAUAUACAGAAUGAACAUUGUAUGACCGAAAAUAACAUGCUGAAACAAUUUGAAAGAUGUAAUUUAGAUUUAUGUGUAUUUAUUUUGGACAUGUGUAGAAUCAAUCUUGACAGAGAAACAAAUCCUGAUAUAUCAAAUUCAAUUGUUUUUACUGAAGAUUACAUUGUCCACAAAAAUCUACUGAUAAGUUAUUCAACGCAAUCAUCGCAAUCAGCUUAUGAAGUGCUCGAAAUUGAGUGCUCAACUACUAUUAAUUUUGAUGAAACGUACGAGCUAAAGACUGGUGACACAGACCGUAUUGUGCCUGGAGCCAGUCAGUAUGUUAAAGCUUUGUGCAAUAGGAUUGGAGAGGAUUGUGAUGUCAGUAGUCUUCUUGAUAGAGUGCACGGUGAUGUCGAAAAUUCACUUCGGAAACAAAAACCAAUAAAAGUACAAUGCGGUGUUGAAAAACGCCAACUGAACGACGUUCCGAAUUGUGAACCGAUUACAUUAAUCAACAAAUUGAAGGAGUCGAUAAAAGAUUAUACAAACUACUGUGAUGUUUUUUGAAUAUUCAAAUAAAGAACAGAUUAUUGUGACAAGAAUAUAAUUCUUAUUUAAAUACAACUUUUUUUAUAA